AAGUGGUGGGGGCGAAAGGUGCAGGGCGAACCGCGUUAACGGCCUCCCACAUCGUGGAUCGUCGUCGUCGUCAUUCUUCUUUGAGUCUUUGCGUGACGCUCGUGGCUACGGCAAACUCUUCCUUUAUUAGAAUCAAUUCAACGCAAAAAAGAAAGAUAUAAAAGAAGAAAACUCUUUCGACCUCAUAAAUAGUAAUCUUUUAUUCUUCGAUAUUCUUCGACUUUCUCCCGUUGUGUUCUAUUAUUUUAAAUACAUUCGCAUUUGCCGACGUCUCUCUAUCUUAUUCUAUUUUACUAAUAUUAAAUUUAGCUUACGAAACGAGCUGGGACGAGACGCUUACUCGCAUAUACGCGCGCAUACAUAUUCAUAAAAAGGGAAAACUAACGUGCGCGUGCGUAUUCAUCGGUCUAUCGUCUACGCAAGUACACGUGCUGUCUGGCUAUUUAUCAUCUUGCAUACCAUUUUGAUUUAGGAGCGCUUAGAAAGUGAAAACGAAAAGUUUGAAGGAAGUUUAAGUCGUAAAGAAGAUCCCAUCCCAGAGAGAGAGAGAGAGAGAGAGAGAGGAAUAAGCUGAAAAAGAAGCGUACGCGGAAAGCGCACGCAGAAAAGCUCACGCGGAAAAGCGCACGCGCAUAAAAAGUAAAUACAAGUGUAUAUUUAUUCAGGUUAUUAUUCAUUGAGAAAAGUCAAGGAUAGUCGAAGAUAUACGGAGUACGUUCCGUACGUUUUCGGGAAGAUGUCGCACAAGAUACAAAAACAAAGCGCACCACCUGUACAUGGGGGCAAAUUUCAGAGGACGCCCAUGCGCCCGAUGAUAGCGGAAUACGACCCAAAGAAGCACGGUGUGAAAACUGAACUGUCAGACAUGAUUGUCCUCAAAUACAAGUGCGAGAAAAAUGAUGUACCGAUCACCGUGACGAACGGAUCGACUUUGCCUCUCGUGGAACGUCAAAACGACGAAGAAGCAGCACUUUACGAUCCAUUCGAGCAUCGAAAAUUGGCUCAUCCUACCUCGGAUUUAGAUACGCUGAUACAUCUGCUCAAAGGAAGUCUCGGUACUGGCAUACUGGCUAUGCCAUUGGCAUUCCGAAAUGCUGGUCUCGUUUUCGGUCUUUUUGCGACUUUCUUCAUCGGCGCCAUUUGCACUUAUUGCGUACACAUAUUGGUCAAAUGCGCCCACGAUCUUUGUAGAAGGACGCAGACCCCGAGUUUGGGAUUCGCUGAUGUCGCCGAGACGGCCUUUCUCGUUGGUCCGGAAAGCGUACAAAAGUAUGCUCGGCUGGCCAAGGCCACCAUCAACUGUUUCCUAGUGAUCGAUCUGAUCGGUUGUUGCUGCGUAUAUAUCGUAUUUAUUGCGACGAAUCUCGAAGAGGUGGUAACUUAUUACACGAAAAUGGGCGAGGAUUGGGAAGCGGUUGAUCGUUUGAGAUUAUACAUGGCCGCUCUUUUACCAUUCCUCAUUGUCUUUUCUCUCGUGAGAAAUCUCAAGUACCUGGCCCCAUUUUCAAUGCUUGCCAACAUAUUGAUCGCUACAGGAAUGGGCAUAACUUUCUAUUACAUUUUUACCGAUCUACCAACGAUCAGCGAUGUGCCAAACUUUUCGAGCUGGGCUCAACUUCCCCUGUUUUUCGGUACAGCGAUCUUCGCUCUCGAGGGCAUCGGCGUCGUAAUGCCCUUGGAGAACAACAUGAAAACGCCGACCCAUUUCAUCGGUUGUCCCGGAGUCCUAAAUACCGGCAUGUUCUGCGUCGUCUUACUUUACAGCACCGUCGGUUUCUUUGGUUAUUGGAAAUACGGCGAGCUAACGGCCGCUUCGAUCACCUUGAAUCCGCCACAGGAUGAGAUACUUGCACAAUCGGCGAAGAUCAUGAUCGCCAUUGCGAUAUUCUUUACUUAUGGCUUGCAAUUCUACGUACCGAUGGAAAUCAUUUGGAAAAAUAUCAGGCAUUACUUUGGCUCGAGAAAGAUUAUGGCCGAAUAUUCCCUUCGCAUAUUUUUGGUUAUAUUCACGGUGUCCGUUGCUAUCGCAAUGCCAACCCUCGGCCCAUUCAUCUCGCUGGUAGGUGCGGUUUGUCUAUCGACUCUUGGAAUGAUGUUCCCGUCGGUCAUAGAAUUGGUAACAGUUUGGGAACAAGACGACGGCCUUGGUAAAUACAAGUGGAGACUUUGGAAGAAUAUUGCCAUCAUUUCGUUCGGCGUGCUUGGCUUUCUAACCGGCUCUUACGUCAGUAUCAAGGAGAUCAUCGAGCAAAAGUGAAAAGCAGAUUUGGCAAGACGAGGAGCAGCGAUGCGACCGAAUUAACGAUCCUCCGUUGCGUAUUACGGAACGCCCGGUAUGUUGUUGUGCUUAACCUCGCUCGCUCGCGAACGCAACUGCGAUCACCUCGUCCGCUCGCGUCCCCACUUCCCGGAAGGAGAAAGAAGAAGAAGGCCGCGUAGAAAGACGUCCGAAAAGGACAAGUAAAUAGCGAGCACGAGUACGAGUUGCUUAUACUUUUCUCUUUACUAUCACGAUCUCCGAUAGAUAGAUAUCGAUGAUCGUAUUGACGAUGAGGACGCAAUCAAAUCCCCGCCCCCCCCCUUCCGCUUUCACUUUUAUUCCUUUUUUCUUAUUAAGUUGUGCUAGAUAUCAUUCGAGAACGCCGUCGUACAAUACACGUCGUAUAUAAUAAUAGUUCAUCUCGUUAAUUACGACUUCAAACCAACGACAUUUUAUUACUACGACAAUCGGGCUUCGACGAAGGGCGUUCGACGGGAAGCCAACGAUCAAUGCGAUUGUGCCAAUUGUAAAAAAGCAACAGUGAGAUUAUGAGUCUUCGACUGUAAUUGUAGGACGGAUCUUUUAGAAAUUUUUCGUUGAUUAUUUGUACGGCAAAUUAAUUUGUACGCGCUCAAGUUUUGAUCAUAAUCACGCGGAUUAUAUUUAAAAUGUCUUUUAUAUCUUCCUCUUGACGUAAAGUUGAUAAACCUUACAAUUACUAUACUUAUAUAUUCGUUGAAAAUCGCAGAUGCGAUGCAGAGUAAAUUACGAGUAAAAGGGAAAUUCGUUUGCCGCGUUAAUGCAUAUGCUUUGCUCUUACUCUCUUUCGAAAGUUUUUUUGCGUAUUUGAAAGUAGGGGAAAAAAAAGAAGAAAAAGAAAAAAAGAAGGGACGGUGAAGGAGACAGGAAGAGGACGAAAUCGAUCGUCGCAUCGUCAUCGACGGAAGCCACUGAUCUGUUCCUAGUGCAUGAUGCACGAAAUCGUACAAAAGAUUAUCGAUUAAUUGUAAGAUGCGCUAAUCAAGACGGCUAUAACAUUGCCGUCCAAUGUGCGUUUGCUAGUCCGUCAUAAUGGAAGUAACGACUAAAACGAAUAAAAGUGAUAUAUAGAGAAAAACGCACGUGCCUCUGGUUUUUAAUAUUAAAGAGAGAUUUCGUAGAUCUUUGCACAAUUGUUUCAACAUGGUCGUAUAUUGGACUUACAUUUCGAAAUAGAGCAUUUAUUAGAGUUUUCUUUCAAAACUUGAUUACCAACGGAGAAUUGAGACCAGAGUCCUUCCAAACGAUAUUCGUUUGGAAAGAAUAAAAAAGCUAUGAUCCGUAAGAUUAUAAUAAUCGUUGGUGCCCUUUCUAUCGAUAAUCCCAUCGAUAAUCUUACAAGAGCGGUGCCAUUACUACACAAUCGGUCAUUCGAUGAGUCCUAUGUAUUUAUAUGUACCAUACGUACGUAUAUCGCGACGAAGAAAAAUUAGACGCACCGGGAGUUUGCUCUUUCAGCGUCUUACAUGUAUCUCUCUUUGUUGUUGUAUACAACUUGGGGGUGUUCGACAAUAACCAUUUAUAUACGUACUAGGACGCAUUUAAUAACGUAGAAGGACCGUUGUAAAUAAAAGAGAAACGCAAAUAAUGCGAGACAAAAGAUGAUUAGUCGAUGCUAUGAUGUUGACAAUAAUUGUAAAUGUCGUUAUACAAUAACUUCAUCGCUGUGAUUCUUAUACAGUAUUAAUGCGAUUGUCAUAUUCAAUUCGAUUGUUUGUUUUUGCGAAAAACAAAAAAAAAAGAAAAAAAACGAAAAAGAAGAAGCAACAUUGAUAUUUAGACCGUGGAUAAGUCUCUUUUUGAGUCGACCGUUUAAAUUGGUAAAAGGACAUAUAACGUGCUUUAUUGAUUACAAAUCAUUCUUUCGAUAUAUCAAGCAUCGACUAUUUGACAUAGAAAUUAUAUUCUACAAUCACGCUUAAUCGCACAUUAAUUUAAUAUAUGGUAUGCAUGUUGUUAUAGUCCGUAUAUAUAAUGUGCAAACACUUAAACGCAACCUUUAAUGCCAACUUUUAAUGACUUUUUUCUCGUUUUAUAAGAGUUUAUCGAAAUUUAUUAUCAUGCGAGUAGAUUAAAAUUUACUUAUGCAAAUGUCUUUUUCUUUGCCCAAAUUGUUAAUUUAUCUAUCAUUAUAAAUAUAAGCGUUAUAUUUAAUAAAUAAAUCAACUUGCAGAUACUUUUCUUUUUCAAUGCGUUACUUUUUAUAAUUCGCCUAGCUGUGUAAAUGGCUCUUUGGGUGAUCUCAAUCGUAAUCGGUUGUUUGAUUUGUUCUGAUCGUUGGAUGCCAUCUUUUUGCGCAAUUCUCAUUAUUUCAAACGUUAAGAACCAAAUGAAAUAUAUUUUUCUAAGUUAAUCGAUGAAUAUACGAACCAUACGCCCAUCCCAUGAAUCCAAAUAAUCUCAAGAUAAGCUAAUGUGAGUGAACAAAAAUGUGCCCUUAUUAAGAGAGAAUUUCUUUUUAAUCGAUACAAUGUAUCGCUACGUGAUCCGUAUUGAAAUGCGUGUGCAAUAUCGUCGGUCGGAAGAUAGAAAAUAAUAUAAUUACUUGAAUUGAUAAGUAUGUAAUCGUAUAUGACAUAGUAUCAUGCUACUGCGAUUUGGUUUGUUAUUAAUCUCUAUGGAGACGGGAUCUUGAUUGAAGUGUUAUUUAUAAGGGCGAUGUUCGAGAGAAAAAAAAUGUACUUUAAGAUCGCGCAUAACGAUCGGUGGCAUAAUUCGUGAGUACUCUUCGCUUCUCUAAAGGAUGUCAUCAUUGAAGACGCAUCGUUUUUACCCCUGUCUAAAUUUAUAUCAAGCGAUUAUCUUCAUAAUUAUAAAGGAUAUAUAGACAUUGAAAUCUUUGCAAUCUAUAUUAAGUUAUAUCAACGCUUAUUCCAAUUAAUUGAUUAUUAAUAUUUCUAGAGGGAUAGAAAUUAUUUUCAAUAUUAUACAUAAUACGGUCAGAUGGAUUCCCGUGAGUAACAAUUUCGAUUUUAUUUCGAUAAUUAUUAAUUAUAUAUCUCUCGCGCUUUCUGCUUCUUGUAUGUUUCCGUUUAUUGUAUUUCUUGAGAAAUUAUAAUUAUAAUUAGGCGUGAUUAUAAUUAUCAAAAGUGAAGAUAAAGAGACAACGCGUAUGGGCGAAAGUAAGGAGAGGAAUGCUCGACGUAUAAAUAUUGUAAUUCCGACCCUUACAUAUACUAAAUACUUUGUACCACUCCUUUUGAACGAAUAAAAAAAGAAGAAGAAAAAAAAAAAAAAAGAAAAAAACAAGGAAAUACAAAA